AUGGACGGCCGUCGCUCCAACCGUGCCAACAGAGAGACAACAACGCAGCACACUGAAACAGAAACCGAAGGUGAACCGGCAGUAGUCUGGCAUCCCGUCUGGGUUGCAAUAUAUGUCGGGGGUGGAGCGUUCAAACAUUGGUCACUUUUUGUUGAAGACGAGGAGGAUCAGGACGAAAGCUUCAUUGUUCAUGUUCAGGGUGAACCCGGCACGUUUCGUUACCAGCAAAUCAAGAAGAAUGCGCGCGAGUCCAGAUCUUUGAUCGAAAUGAUCCAAGUCGGCCAUGUGAAGAAGAACGAACUCCGAGAUUUCAGAAGAGUCUGCCGCGACGUAAUCGUCAGCUGA